AUGACCGAACCUCUCUCCCUCUUUCUGACUCAGCGCCGGAGUCGCCGCGGCCGUGGCCGGCGCUGCCCUUUGAGGGUGACCUUUAAAGGGCUUCUCCCUCCUGCCCACGAGCCACCGGACUCGUGGCCACCACCCGGGAGGCAGGAUCCAUCCCAGCAGCCCCCCCCGGAGCGGGCUCGUCAGCGUCAGCACCGUGGUCCCGUGGGGCUGGGGCGGUCCAGCUGCCCCCCCCCUCCCUCCGUGGCCACGUUCCCAGGGCCUCUUUGCCCUGUUGUGGUGCAGGAUCUGGCCGUGGGGCCCAACUCCCCGACAGUGAACCCCCCCCUCCUCAAAUUCUUCCCAAUUGGAUCCAGGAAUGGCCCUGGUGACGUCCCCAAAACCGAGCUGAGCAUCCUCGCCGUGUUGGGGGCGGGGAGGGGGGGCACGGUGGGGGUCCGGCGCAGCCACCGGGCUGAGCUUGGUGCCAGCUCCACGCUCUCCUCCUCCUCCUCCUCCUCCCUGCAGGAUGCUGUUCUCAACGCCUGUUACCGGGGCUGCCGGCUGUUCUCCAUCUGUCACUUCGUGGAUGCGAGCGCCGAGCUGAACACAACCAGAGCUGAGUGUGAAGCAGCGUGCACCGAAGCCUACAGCAACGCAGAGGAGCAGUUUGGCUGCGUGACGGGGUGCCACAAGCAGUUGCCCGAGGUGGAGAGCAGGAAGGAGAAGAGCCUGGAGCUGAAGGUGCCGUCGUUUUCCAUGUUGGAUUUGGUCUCCACCUUCUGCAACGACAUCGUCAGCUCUGCCCAGAGCUUCAUCUCCUCCACCUGGACCUUCUACCUGCAGGCGGAUGAUGGCAAAGUUGUGGUGUUUCAGUCCCAGCCCGAGAUGGAGUAUCCGGUACCCGAGGUGCAGGAGAUCCAGCCAGAGCGGCCGGUGCGGCCAGGACCAGGGUCCAGCCCCCGUGUCCCCCAGCCCCACACAGGCUCCCGGGUGAAGGGGGAGAAGCCCCCCAUGAAGGAGCCACGGGGCAAAGCCAAGGGGCAGCACCCGGACCCCCCGCAGCCCGAGCACGACUUCCUGGGCUGCAUGUCCAAACGCUCGGGCCUUCCUCGCUGGAUCCUGGCCGCCUGCCUCUUCCUCUCCAUCAUGGUGAUGCUGUGGCUGAGCUGUGCCAGUUUGGUGACCGCCCCUGAGCAGCACGUCAAGACCCAGCCUCUGAGCAUCAACGGGGACAAGGAGUACCUGGAGGACCUGGAUGGCCCCGGCGCCUUCCCCCUGCCGCCCGUCAUCGCCGUCACCCUGUGUCCCACGCACGGCGGCGAGGAUGGGGGGCCGCUGCCCCUCAAAGUCGACCUGGACAAGACCAUCCUGUAGCGCUCCCACCCCUUCCCAUCACCUCCAUCUCCCUGUCACCAUCCCCACAGCAUCAUCCCUGCUCCCGCUCCGCUCCCCCUCCGGCUGCCCCAUAUCCCUGGCUCCUGGAGGAGCAUCUCCAGCUCCGACGUGGGGAGGAUUGGGGGUACCAUCUGUCUGGGUCCCCCUCUCCUCCCCAGGGAUGGCCGCUGUGGAGAAGGCUCCCAGGAGCCAGGCAGCGGCUUUGCCUCCUCUGUAGAUGUUCUGGGAUCCUGGUUUCCAGCUCUCCAGAGCCAAGAGAGGAGCUGCCAGAGCGAGGAGGCCGGGGGGAGCCCAUCCUCGUAGCGGGGCGGUCCGUCUCCUCCCGCCCGGAGCCCCCGGGGCCCCGCAGCCCUCCGGGCAUGGGUCCAGCGCUGGGCAGGAGGGAGCCGGCUGCGGGUGGGGGGAUGGAGAGUGUCUGCAAGGAUCUGGGCUUUGGCUCGGCACAUCCCCGGCCUCCCACCUUGGGCUGAGCCUCCAAGGCGCCGUCUCCGGCCCUGGGAACUCCCUUCCGCCGGCCGGAGCCGAUUGCCUUGGGGAACCGAAACGUGGCGAAUGGAUUUGGCCUUGGCAGCCGGAGGGAGGGAGCGGAUCUCGCCGCCUCCGUGCCCACGCCGAGGACCCAGCCGGCUCCUUCCCCGGAGCUGUGGAGGGGCCCCGGGAUGGUUCCUUCCCCCCUCCCUGCUCCCUGAGGCCUUUGGGGCGGCUGGCCCCGAUGCCAAGGGGAUGGGAGUGGGACCAAGAAGGGGGAUGAGGGAACGAUUCCUUGUGUCCGAGCUCGGAGCUGCUGGGAUGCCCCCGUGCUGGGCUCAGCAUCCCUGCCUGAUGCCAGGAGCAGCUCACCCUGUGGGGCUGUAGCUGAUGGCAGGACCCAGCAGCAGCCGAUCUCCGGGGCCUCCAGGCUCGCAGCUCUGCCCUGGAAGUGGGGGGCCAGCCCUGGGGUCCCCCCUUGGUGUGGAGGAGUCCCCAACCUCCUCCUGCUCCCCAGGGCUCUGCUCUCGGGCGAGAUGGAGCAUCUCCCCCUCUCCCCUCCGUUCUCCAUCACUUGACAUCGUGCGUCGUUUCGUGGUUUGAUUGUCACCAGCAUGUGGUCCCUCGGUCCCCGACACCCCCUGGGGACACUCCGGCGCUCGGGAGGGACGGCUCGGCGGGGGCGGUCCCUUCCAUCCCCACCUCCACCUAACACAUCUGUACAGAUUAACUUAUUACCCGUGAACCCCCC